CGGGUUUCCUUUUUUUUUUUACUCCACCCUGUCGCGGAGUUGCAGGAAUACGAGAGACGGGUGAUCUCGUCCAACGAGACGCCGUAUCGUCAUUCCAAGCGCAUACACCACCCUGUCUAUAGUGAACGGCCAUUCAAGGGAAACAGCAAUGCGGAGCUAGGCGAGGUGAUCACGACCGCGGCCUAGUGUAUCACCGACCAACCAGCAUUGUGAUGCUUCGUCCCAUCUUCUCCGGGCCGGCAAUGCCUCCCGCGCCGAAGGGUGACGCUGCUCUCCGUUCCGGAGCCGCCCCCCGUCAAGUCGGCGCGAGGAGCCUUGCUGGUACCCGGCGCUGUCCCGGGGCCCGGCGCCGGCGAGCACGUACGGCCAGCACGCUCGUCACGGCAGUGUUGGGUCUUGCAGCGCGGGCAUCUGCCGAGCCGGUGCUGCCGUACACCCCAACCACGAUAUUGCUGGCCCCCGACGGUGCCGCGGGCAGUGGCGCCGCCUACAUCUUCGCCCCGAGCGGCGACGACCGAGAUGCGGUCGACUUCCUGGCCCUCAACGUCUCCAGCCUGCGCGCCUCCGCCCUCGAGCCAACGAAACUAACUCCCGACCUUCCCUUUCUCUCCAAAGACGCCGCCGAUUGUGCUACCUUCGCGCCGACCAUCCUCCGCAACGGUACCAUCGUCGUCCUCGCGGGCGACUGCUCCUCCACCGCAGCCUCCACCCUCUGGAGCUACACCCCGGGACAGCCCGAUGCAAGAUGGACACAGCACCCCGUCGUGCCGUCUGCCUCAUGGGACAAUGCCCAGGCGGGACCCUACCACCUCGGCGGACUCGUCAACUUCUCCCCUCAGCUCAGCCCCGUUCUCUCCGAGCCGACGCUCUACUUCUACGGCGGCAUGUGCCCUCGGAAGUCCUCCUCCUCCGCCGACACCUGGCAGUCCAAUGCUGCCUAUUCCAACCGCAUGCUCCGCCUGAUCCCGCCUAGCCCACCGCCCUCCUCCUCCUCCUCCUCCUCCUACACGCUGGAUUACGCUUCCGCCGGGGGACAACAACAGCCUCCCGUGGCCGAGGCGGGCUUCACCUGGACCGAGCUCACGCCGUCGCUAUCCAACCGCACCAUCAUCACCACCACUUCCGACGGUGGCGGCAAGGACGGGGCCGGAACGGAACAGGUGACGACGAGCAUCAUCAUCACCCAGCAGACCAGCCACGUGCUGCUGGGGGGCCACACGCAGGGCGCCUUUGUCAACAUGAGCACCGCCGCCGUCUGGUCGCUGCCCGAGGAGACGUGGACUUUUGUCUCGAUCGCCCCGCCCCCGGCUGCUUCUUCUUCUUCUUCUUCUUCUUCUUCUUCUGACGACGACGACGACGACGGGAGGGCGGACCUCGCGCGGCAGCGGGAGCGACAAGAAGAGGAAGAGAACAACAAGAAGAAGCAAAAGACGAAGACGAAAAGGAGACUACGGCGGGAGGCGGCGGCUGCCGCGCCGGGGAUGGUGGUGGACAGUCGGUCCGGGCACACGACCGUGCUGAGCGAGGACGGGACCAGGCUGGUGGUGUACGGCGGCUGGGUCGGGGACGUGAGCCGGGCGGCCGAGCCGCAGCUGGCCGUGGUGAGGCUCGGCGUCGGGCUCGCCGACUGGGAGUGGGAGGUCCCCGCCGACCAGGGGAGCGCCCCGUCGUCGUCGUCCGGAGGAGGAGGGGGCGUGUACGGGCACGGCGCGGUCGUGCUGCCGGGGAACGUCAUGAUGGUGUAUGGGGGGUACGAGACCUCCGAGGGCGGCAAGAUCAGGAAGAGAAGAACGGGCGGGAGCAUGUUCUACAACAUCACGAGCGGGAGCUGGUCCGAUGUGUAUGUCAGUCCGCUCGUUCAAGGAAAUAGCGGAAAGAGCGGUGGUGAUGGUGGUGAUGGUGGCGGCGGCAGCACCCACGGCGGCGACGCGGGCGGCGACAGCGGUCUUGGCGGCCCGGCCGGGAACGGAAACAGCUCGGGCGACUGGACAAAAGCGAAGCGGAUCGGUCUCGGAGUCGGCCUUGGAGUCGGCUUGCUCGUCCUCAGCAUCCUGGCGUGUCUCGGCGUGUGCUGGUUCCGCCGGAGACGGCAGCGCCGGAGAUCCCGCGAUGAGACGCUCCGGGGUCUCUCGCAGGGACUGAACGGCCCGCUGGCCCGCGGCGUCGGGGAGGAGGACGACGGCGAGAUGCUCGAGCGAGACCACGGUAUGGGCAUGUCCUUCUUCCCCUGGACCGCCGCGACGGCACGGGACUGGUACAUGGGCAUGGGCGGGGACGACCCCUACAUGCAGGGCCGGCGCUCGCUGGGGUACGAGAGCCUCCGGGGAGGGUACCGGCCUUCUUCUUCUUCUUCUUCUUCCUCCCUGUACAUGCCGCCACCUCCUUCGGCGUCCACGUUCAGCCACCGGCCGAAGGCGGCCAAGGGCCUCCACCACCAACCGAGCAGCUCGUACGACUUCACCCCGCUCACGCGCGGCCCCAACCGCAUCGAGCCCAUCUACGAAGCCGACGAGGACUCGGAAGGCGACCUCGGCAAGAACUACCCGCUCGGCCCGGACAAAGAGGAGCGCGUCGGCAACGACACCGACCACGACGACGACGACGACCCCUUCCUCACUCCUACCCUCAGCACCCCGACCGGCGGAGCUUUCCCGAGGCCGCAUACCGCCAACUCGAGCCCGCGCAACUCCGGCUCCCCUACCCCUCCCGCCGCGCAACGAAAAAAACAACAGCAACAACCAGCGGAAGAAACAAAAUUAGCAGCAGCAGCAGGAGGAGGAGGAGGAGGAGGAGGAGGAGGAGGGGGAGGGGGAGGGGGAGGGGGAGGAAGAGGAGCAGCAGCAGCAGCAGGAGGGAGAGACGGACGGCGACUACGUCUACGUGCCGGGCAGUCCGAGCAAGAGCAAGGCGAGGAGGAGCUGGUUCGGGAGCCUGAGGAGGGUGUUUAGCGGCGGCACGCCCGAGUCCGGGAGCCACGCGAGCGGGAGCAGCCUCGGGGGCGACAGUCCCACGCGAGAGGGGCUCCUCUCCGGGGCGAAAGGGGCCAGCAGCUCCGACUACGGCGGCCGGCCGUACG